AUGAACGACGUGGCCAUCGUGAAGGAGGGCUGGCUACACAAACGAGGUGAGUACAUCAAGACCUGGCGGCCACGCUACUUCCUGCUCAAGAAUGACGGCACCUUCAUCGGCUACAAGGAGAGGCCGCAGGACGUGGACCCCCGGGAGGCGCCCCUCAACAACUUCUCUGUGGCACAAUGCCAGCUGAUGAAGACAGAGAGGCCCAGGCCCAACACCUUCAUCAUCCGCUGCCUGCAGUGGACCACGGUCAUCGAGCGCACCUUCCAUGUGGAGACGCCCGAGGAGAGGGAGGAGUGGACCACAGCCAUCCAGACAGUGGCGGAUGGUCUGAAGAAGCAGGAGGAGGAAAUGAUGGAUUUCCGGUCGGGGUCUCCGAGUGACAACUCUGGGGCUGAGGAGAUGGAGGUGUCUUUGGCCAAGCCCAAGCACCGAGUGACCAUGAAUGAGUUUGAGUACCUGAAGCUCCUGGGCAAGGGCACCUUUGGGAAGGUCAUCCUGGUGAAGGAGAAGGCCACUGGCCGCUACUACGCUAUGAAGAUCCUUAAAAAAGAGGUCAUCGUGGCCAAGGAUGAGGUGGCUCACACACUCACUGAGAACCGAGUCCUCCAGAACUCCAGGCACCCCUUCCUGACGGCCCUGAAGUACUCCUUCCAGACCCACGACCGCCUCUGCUUCGUCAUGGAGUAUGCCAAUGGGGGUGAGCUCUUUUUCCACCUGUCCCGGGAGCGUGUGUUCUCCGAGGAGCGGGCCCGUUUCUAUGGGGCUGAGAUUGUGUCGGCCCUGGACUACCUGCAUUCAGAGAAGAACGUGGUCUACCGGGACCUUAAGCUGGAGAACCUCAUGUUGGACAAGGAUGGCCACAUCAAGAUCACUGACUUCGGCCUGUGUAAGGAGGGCAUCAAGGACGGCGCCACCAUGAAGACCUUCUGCGGCACGCCGGAGUACCUGGCCCCGGAGGUGCUGGAAGACAAUGACUACGGGCGUGCCGUGGACUGGUGGGGGCUGGGCGUGGUCAUGUACGAGAUGAUGUGCGGCCGCCUGCCCUUCUACAACCAGGACCACGAGAAGCUCUUCGAGCUCAUCCUAAUGGAGGAGAUUCGCUUCCCACGCACCCUGAGCCCUGAGGCCAAGUCGCUGCUCUCCGGGCUGCUUAAGAAGGACCCCAAACAAAGGCUCGGAGGGGGUGCGGAGGAUGCAAAGGAGAUCAUGCAGCACCGCUUCUUCUCCAGCAUCGUGUGGCAGGAUGUGUACGAGAAGAAGCUCAGCCCGCCCUUCAAGCCUCAGGUGACCUCAGAGACAGACACCCGGUAUUUUGAUGAAGAGUUCACAGCCCAGAUGAUCACAAUUACACCACCCGACCAAGAUGACAGCAUGGAGUGUGCGGACAGCCAGCGUCGCCCCCACUUCCCCCAGUUCUCCUACUCGGCCAGCGGCACAGCCUGA